AUGGUUAGCGAGAUAAAGAAAACAGCACGAGUAAAUCAUGGCACAAUAUAUCUUAAUCAACAAGAGAGAAGCAUUUUAAUUGCUUGGAUGGAGAAUAACAAAACUGAUAUUUCCAAAUGCCCGCAUUGUGGCACUUUAGUUAAAAAUUGGAUAGAGAAUAAUUAUACCAUCCCAGUUUCGGCAUUUCCCAAGAAAUCCAAGGAAAGAGGAAAUAAAUAUCCAAAGUGUAAAAAUUGCGGACAAGAGAAUGAACAACCUGUAUUCAUUAAAAAAUAUGAUGGAUGGUGUGGUGCUUGUUUAGAUAAAACCCUAACCCCAUCCAAAGAAUGUUCGCACUGUUUUCAACCUUUAAAAGGAACAUACACUGAAAUAACUUUCACUGGUUCAGUGAGCGUAGGAACAGAUGGCAGAAAUCAACAAUCCAAUGUCAGAAAGUGUAAUGCCUCACUAUUUAAAAAAAGAGAAAGCAAAAAAGCAGAAGAAUAUUUGAAAAAGCAAUAUCCUAAUGCAGAAGUUUUAGAUAAACCAACUGAUAUUCCUCAAAAGAAGCCUAACGACAAGGAUAAACCUGAUGAAAAACCUGAUAAGGAUCCUAAUCUAAAACCUGAUGAACUCUGUGAAAGAUGUGGUGCCUCUUGUAUAGUUCACCGAGAUAAAACUUCUUACACUAUUAAAAGAAGAAGAUACAUUAAACAUAAAGAAAAUCAGCAAACUUGUCCGCAAUGUAAAAAGACCGAAUUCCCUGACAUGGCAAAAGGCUGGAUGUUAGAUUAUGAAGGUUUAAAAAGGGAAGUUUUAUUUUGGAGAGAGUAUGCUCGGUCAUUAGAACAAAGACUAAAUAACCAAAAUCUUACACCACAAGAAAGACAACAAGCUGAUUAUUUAAGAAACUUACAACAAAAUACUUUACGAAAUGCUGAAAGUGCUUAUCAGAGUAGAUAUGGAACUUUAAGUGAGGAUGAUUAUCAGGAUUACAGAGUUGCCGAAGCUCAAAAGGCUAUUGAUGGGAUAAAUGGAAAGGGGUGUUUGGGUGGUUUUGGUGAUGUUUAUACCGGUCAAGCCAUUACCGAAGGAGGAGAACCAUCCACCGUUCCAGUAAAUCCUAUGUAUCCCAAAGGGGAUAUUGCCAAAGAUUUACCCAAAGGACAUACUCACGGAGCCUUUAUUUUAGAGUUUGAUAAACCAGUUAAAAAAAUGGUGGAUAUUUAUACUUGUAUCGGUUGUGGAGCCAAAGAUACUCCUUUAUUUAAAACUUUGAAUAGUAGUUAUCAUAGUGGGGGAAAUUUAGAGAAUAUUUAUACAGCCACUCAACAACGACCUGAUGGCAAGCCUUUUGUAAAAGCCUAUGGCUAUAUUCCUAAUGAAACUACGAUUACUUGGGAUUUGACUGAUGAAGCUUCAACCAAAAUUGAGUGGCAAAAACAACCAGGACAGGAUAACUUUAAAAACAUUGACCCCUUUAUUCCGAUUGGAGGAAGUGGAGAAAUUGAAAUCCCUUUAACUGACCCUGAAUUCCCCGAACCUGAACCAGGAGCCGAUGGUGUGGAACCCGAACCUGAUAUGCCUACUCCUGAUAUAGACCCAGGAGGAGGAGAACCCGAAAUAACUCCCUUAGAGCCUGACAUUACCCCUGAUAUUGACCCUGAUGAGUUCCCCGAACCUGAUAUCCCCGAGCCAGAGAUACCCGAACCCGAGCCUACUCCUGACACCGAUCCUGAUAAACCAAUCGACCCUGAUACUACCCCCGAUAAAGGAGAUAGAGACCCCGGGGACGAUGAUGGAGAAAGACCUGAGGACUUUGAUUAA